AUGAGUGGGCAAGUGGAGGUGUCAAAUCAGGAGAUCAAGAGCAUCCUCUCCAAAACCGUGAAUGCUAACCGGACCGAUUGGUCAAGGAAGUUGGAUGAUGCAUUGUGGGCAUAUCGGACGGCUUACAAGACGCCAAUAGGUAUGUCUCCUUACCAAUUGGUGUUUGGGAAAGCUUGCCAUCUCCCGGUAGAGCUUGAGCAUAAGGCAUUGUGGGCCUUAAAGAGGUUGAAUCUAGAUUGGGGUGAUGCCUCAAAGUUGAGGUUGGAUCAACUAAAUGAGCUGGAUGAAUUCCGUUUUAGAGCAUAUGAUGCAAUGUUGCAAGGAAAUGGAGUGAAACAUCCAAGAAAAAUGAAAAUUUAA